CGGUGAUAAGCCCCCAACCCGAGAAGGGGUGGUGCUAGAGGUGGUGACCGGAAGCGGCUGCGGUUCUCAGCCUCGGUUUAAUAGUUGUCAAGAGGAUUCAAGGCUCAAUGACGGGCGGCCUGGGAGGGUUUCUUGGAGGUUCUUGGAGAUUCUGCGGAGUCACCGGGCCAGACCCCACAAAAGGCUCUUCCUUUUGACCCCAGAAGCUCUGAGUCCACAGACACACUGCGCUUCAGCCUCCUGGGAAGAGUGGAGCUGUCAGCAGGAGAGCCCCAGGGCUGAGGUCUAUCAGGAACAUGGCAGCUAAUGCAGAUGUUUGCCAACCAGGGGGACAUGGCAACACCUGUGAGGUAUCAGUGUCAUUUGAGGAUGUUACCGUGGACUUCAGUAAGGAGGAGUGGCAGCAACUGGACUUCACUCAAAGAAGCCUGUACCAGGAUGUAAUGCUGGAGAACUACAGCCACUUGCUCUCAGUGGGAUUUGAAGUCCCCAAACCAGAGGUCAUCUUUAAGUUGGAGCAAGGACAGGAGCCAUGGAUGUUGGAGGAAGAAGCCCCGCAUCAGAGAUGUUCAGAUGGGAUUAAAGCUUCUCUAAAAAGAAGUUCUGGAAAAGCUCCAUUUCACAGAGAAACAGAGGGCCAAGCUACAAGAGAUGAGUCCUUGUGUUCCGUGUUAGAACUGUGGCAAGGUGCUGAACAGAUAAAGAGAUGCCAGGAAAAGCACACCACACCUCCGGUCCAUGCUGCUUUCAUCACUAAGAAAAUAAUGAAUGCAGAGUGGGAUUGUGAAUAUAAAGACAUUGGAAAAUGUGCUCCUCCAAACCCAAACCUUUUUCCUUCACAGAGGAGACCACAUAAACGUGACACAUUUGGGAAGCGCUUGAAGCAUGAUUUAGACCCGCAUAUUCAUAGUAAAAGCAGUGCAGCAAAGAACUUCGAUAAAAUUAUUGGACAUGGUCACGUUUUCACCCAGGGCUCUUCUUACGCUAGCCAUGAAACCAUGCACACAGGAGGGAAGUUCUGCGAAGGCAAUCAGUGUGGCAAAGUGCUCAACCUCAAACACACACUCAGUCAAAAUCUGAAGUUUCCUGCUGCAGAGAAAGCAAACACACGUAGUGAAUUGGGGAAGAUCCUCACCCAAAAGUCACGCCUCUUUGCACCCCAGAGAAUUCAUACCGUAGAAAAAGCUCGCGAACUCAGCAAGUGUGUGAAUGUCUAUACCCAGAAGCCACUGCUCAGUAUAUAUCUGAGAGUCCAUAAAGAUGAAAAGCUGUAUGUAUGUACUACAUGUGGCAAGGCCUUUAUCCAGAAUUCAGAGUUAAUGAUGCAUGAGAAAAUCCAUACUAGGGAGAAACCCUACAAGUGCAGUGACUGUGGAAAGUCAUUUUUCCAGGUGUCAUCUCUGCUCAGGCAUCAGACGACUCAUACUGGAGAGAAACUCUACGAAUGCAGUGAAUGUGGGAAAGGCUUCUCCCUCAACUCAGCCCUCAGCAUACAUCAGAAAAUCCACACCGGAGAGAGACAUCACAAGUGCAGUGAGUGUGGAAAAGCCUUUACCCAGAAAUCGACACUCAGGAUGCAUCAGCGGAUUCACACGGGAGAGAGAUCCUAUAUAUGUACUGAAUGCGGGCAGGCCUUCAUCCAGAAAGCCCACUUGAUUGCACAUCAAAGAAUUCACACUGGAGAGAAGCCUUACGAAUGCAGCGACUGUGGGAAGUCGUUCCCUUCCAAGUCACAACUCCAGAUGCACAAGCGAAUUCACACGGGAGAGAAACCCUAUAUCUGCACGGAAUGCGGGAAGGCCUUCACCAACAGGUCCAAUCUCAACACCCACCAGAAGUCUCACAGCGGAGAGAAGUCGUACAUAUGUGCUGAGUGCGGGAAGGCCUUCACCGACAGGUCGAACUUCAACAAACACCAGACCAUCCACACUGGAGAGAAGCCCUACGUUUGUGCCGAGUGCGGGAGGGCCUUUAUCCAGAAGGCAGAGUUAAUCACACACCAGAGAAUUCAUACUACAGAGAAGCCUUAUAAGUGCCCUGACUGUGAGAAAUCCUUCUCCAAGAAACCACAUCUCAAAGUCCAUCAGCGGAUUCACACAGGAGAGAAACCCUAUAUAUGUGCAGAAUGUGGGAAGGCCUUCACCGACAGGUCGAAUUUCAACAAACACCACACCAUUCACACUGGAGAGAAGCCCUAUAAAUGCAAUGAAUGCGGAAAGGGCUUUACCCAGAAAUCAGUUCUCAGUAUGCAUCGCAAUAUUCAUACCUGAAAGCAAGCCCAGUACUUGAACAUGAGAGCACCUUAUAGCACAAGUCAGGUCCAAAUAUGUGUUAGAAAAUUCCUCCAAGGCAGAUCUGUCUGAGUGAGUUGCAUUCAUCAGGCUGUCUCACCUGAGAUAAGAAGAAUUGCUCAGACUCUCUAAGAAUGCAUUGAGAGAGAAGGAAUUGCCAUUUUUGUUCAGCCUCACAAAAUAUAGCCGAAUUCAUGCCAGGAAAACUACUGUCCCUUUGAUGCAUGAGGAAAAGCCUUCCUUGAGAAAGUAGUCAGCCCUCUGUGUCCACGGAUUCCACAUCCACCAGUUCAACCAACCUUGGAUCAAAAAUAUUCUAAAAAAUAACGUGUCUAUACUGAAUAUGCACAAAUUUUUUUCUUGUUAUUAUUCCCUAAAUAAUUCAGUAUAACAACUUAGCAUUUUCAUUGUAUUAAGUAAUUGUAUAAGUAAUCUAAAGGUGAUUUAAAGUAUACAGGAGGAUGUGCAUAGCUUAUAUACAAGCUGUGUGCCAUUCUGUGUAAGGGACUUGAGCAUCCAUGGAUUUGGGUAUCCACAGGAGGUUCCUAGAACCAAUCCCCAGUGAUUCCAAGGGAUGGUGAUCAUAAGGUGAAUUGUUACCAAAUUCUUAUAGGAAGGAGAGGGCAACCUUACAUAAAUGAUAAUCAUGUUUAAUGUGUUAUAUUAAGCAAUUUAAAGUGACAAAAUGAAAGUUGAAACAAUAAUCUAUUUGACAUAUAGACCUAUUCUUAGUUCCAUAGAGCAUUUGUGGCAGAACACAUUGCACAACAACAGAAAUGGUUUAAGUAAAAUUCUCUUUUCAAAUUUAGAAUAAUUUUAUCAAAUAUGUCAGAUAUGUUUCUUACAGAACAUUUCUAUCAAGUGAAUCCAUAAUUGAGAAGUCAUUUUGGUUUUACAUGCACACACAUCUGCAGGUAUAAUUUUACACAUUAUCCUAUCAUUCAUACUGGUUUCCAUAGCAUAAUGUUCUUACCUUCUUUCACUGUGCGAAAAAUGCAUAAUCACCACAGAUUUCUCUCAUUCUAUUAUGCAUGUCCUUUUGCAAUGUUACUUUCUUGUUUCUCUUAUUAAGAGGUGGCAUCUCUACUGCUUGACUUUGAACUUCGCUAUGUAAAUUACUUUGGCCAAUGGACAUUAAAAAGAGGCUCAAGAAGUGUGAGAAGACUGCCUGAGGCUUGCACUGUCUUGUUGCUCAUUAAAAUCCAGAGAUCUCUAUGUCAGGAAGCUCAGAUCACUCUACUGUCUACUGUGGGAUGAAAACCCACACAGAGCAGAGGCAAGCCAACCUGGCUGAGGGCCCUUCAAACUAAGUAGCCUGCCAACCAUCAGACAUAGGAAUGGGCCUUCCUAGACCUCCAGCCCCAGCCAAGGCAGCCAAGCCAACCUGCAAAAUUGUGAAAUAAAAUCAUUAUCAUCUUAAGCAACUACGUUUGGGUCUAGUUUGCUGCAUAGAAAGCGCUAAGUCAUACUUGAAAGUGUAUUUUGGCAGAGAUAUUAUACUAAAUCGUUAACACAAGUGGUAUUGGCUUUGGGCCUAGAUGCAGAUGGAGACUGGAAAAACAGUGAGGAAACUGUUAAUAAAGGCUCAAAAAAAUAGCAGUCCUUGUAAUUUGGUAAGGAAACACUGCCAAAGCAGUGACCAUGCUAUGUAGACAGAUAAGAGAAUGUACCAAACGCACUUAGGCAUCUGGCUAAAUAGAUUUGCCAGUAUAUGGUAGUGUCAGUUUGCUCAUAUGAAAAGGUACAGAGAUGAACUAAAGUAAUAAUUGUGCCAUUGGCAAGCGGAGUUCAGAAGAAAUACAGAAUAUUUAGUACUUAAUGGGUUGGAAAAUAACUGUUUCACAUUACUAACCUCUCCAGCCAUCAAAAAUUUUCAAGGUUAAAAAAUAUGGCCUUAGGAUCAAAUCAUGUGUGUGUUAAGACCCUAGUUGGUGCUUGGAGGACUCUCAGCUACACUGAAGGGCUUCUGAAUAUCUUUACAACAUUGUCCCACAGUAACUUGACACACUACUCAACAUAGAAAGAGGCCUUUGGAGCAUGGAGUAGAUCCAAACCAGAUUCAUGGGAAACCCAUCAUGUUCCUUGUUGAGUUUCACCAGUGAAACUACCUCCAUGUGGGAUUAAAGGGACUGAAGCCUUUCAAACUGAAAGGUAGCCUCCUAGACUCUCCUCUUUAACUUCUGUCAACAGGAUACAAGCCAAGAAAGUUACUCAUCUGCAAUCAUGGGCCAUUCCUUAUGGGAAGUAAAGGACAUCUCAGAGGGAAGACUCAAGAACAAUGCGUCAAAAUGGACUAGGAAGCCAUUCCUAGAGAGAACUGUGCCCUAAUCCAAAAAAAAAAAUCAUUUUCCCUGGAAGUGGGAAACCUAAAAAUAUUUCUCUGGGAUUUCAGAAUUGUUAUGGAACAGUGACUAACAGGCACCUCUUGUUCCUUCUCAUUUUGAAUGAAAGUUAUUGCAGCUAUCUUGUCCCUACAUCACCAUUGUGUAUAUAUUUUGUGUGUGUGUUGGGAAGAGGGUCAUAUAACUUGUCAUUUAGCAUAUAGGUGUCUGAAUCAAGAAACAGGAGCUGUACCCAAGGAGCUCCAGCCAUAUCUGAACCUGAUACAGAAGACUUGAAAUCCUGGAUUUGAGCCUCAUGUCAUAAUUUUGAAUGAGACAUUUGGAGGUCCUGGAGUGGGGGUGAAUGUAUUUUGCAUGGAGUAGUAAUGUGAAUAAUUUGUGACCAUAGGCACAUUGUGUUAGAAAAAUUCUACAAAUUUCUCCUACCCCUAUAUGUGUUCCCAUUUUUGAGUCAUUUCUCUUUGUGUUCCAGUUAUGACAAUAUCUUUUCAUCUGUCUACAAAAUUACUGAUUUUCCCCCCACCCUGGCUCUGUCAUGUCUACUUAUGGAUCCAUUGAAGGCGUUCUUCGUCUUAGUCAUGUUUUAUAAUUUUUAUUUCCAUUUGACUCUUAUAUUUCUCAUAUUCCUACUGAAAUUUUCCAUCUCUUCAUGCUUGUUCAUGUUCUCCACUACCCCUUUGUCUUGUCUUGGGCUGCUGUAACUAAGUUCCAAAAACUAGGUGGCUUAUAAAUAGCAGAAAUGAAUUUCUCACAGUUCUGCAGGCUGGAAAUCUGAGGCCCCUCUUCUAGGUUGCAGAUUGUCAACUUCUCGUUGUAUUCUCACAUGGUAGAAGGUUGACUAGAGUUCCUUUUUUAAGCGUACUAAUCCUAUUCAUGAGGGCUCCAUCCCCAUGACCUAACUACCUCUCAAAGGCUCCACCUCCUAAUACUAUCACAUUGGUGAUUAAGAGUUCAGAAUAUAAAUUCUUGGGAUACACAUUUAGUAUGUAAUGCCCUUUGACAUUUUAAUGGUAGUUAUUUUUAAUUCCCUGACAAUUCCAAUAACUGGGUCAGCAGAGUAUGGGUUUGUUUAUUGCUUUGUAUCUUGGCAAUGGGUGAUUUUCUCUUGCUGUUUUGCAUCUAAUCAUUUUUGGUUGAAUGUUGGACAUUGUAUGUAGGGUAGUAGAGGCUGAGGUUAAAUAAUAUUUAUUCUGGAAAUAGGCAUGGCUGCGUUUCUGUUAGGCUGUUAAUGUGGUGGGAUUGAGCCUGUCUAGUCAGGACUUGGGCUGAGUUUGGGUUUUAUUGUUGCUGUUGUUCCCUUCAAUACCACAGAUUUCAAAUUACUCUUGUGUUACCUGAUAUGUGGGGUAGACACCGGUUUCCCAGAGAAUUUCUCACAAUGUUCUUGGACCACACUUGCCAUUAGGCCUUUCCUGUGUGCCUGCACAAGACCUCAAGGAGGGUCUCUCUCUCUCUCUCUCUCUCUCUCUCUCUCUCUGCUCUUGCUUUUCCUUUAGUAGUAGAUGGCUGUUAUUAUUUGGUUCUUGCUGACCUGGUGAUGCAGAACUUGUCCUAGACUAGCAUCGGUUUUUAGUCAGGCCCUGUAUCCCUGUCUUUGGAUUUUUUUCGGUAAUCCUGCUUCUUUUCUCCUGGUAGAAGGCUUUGAAUAAUCUGGGCCCAAGAUGGUUUCCUGCCCUUAUAUCAUGGAUAGAUUUUUUUUUCUACAUUUCCCUUCUAGUCACAGUGGAUCCUCACCUAUGUCCUGAGGGCAGCAAAGUUGGCUCCAUUUCUGCUAGUGACUUAAGGCUUUUGUUCCAUAGGAGAGUAGGAUCCCACUGGGGUUUUGUGUCAUAUCUGUAUUAGCAGCUGCCCCCUUACAGGUCUACACCUAAUGAAGGGAGACUUUCUCUAGUUCCCUCCCCUCUCCCACUGUUUCUUGUGAGCAGGAAGUGGAGGUCUGUAGAGAAGAGCCUGCAAGUGGGAGCCAACUACCCUUAGGUCUGCAGCUGCCAGCAGUUCUAUAUUCUUUUUUUUUUUUUUUUUUUUUUUUUUGACAGGCAGAGUGGACAGUGAGAGAGAGAGACAGAGAGAAAGGUCUUCCUUUGCCGUUGGUUCACCCUCCAAUGGCCGCCGCUGCAGCCGGCGCACCGCGCUGAUCCGUUGGCAGGAGCCAGGAUCCAGGUGCUUUUCCUGGUCUCCCAUGGGGUGCAGGGCCCAAGCACCUGGGCCAUCCUCCACUGCACUCCCUGGCCAUAGCAGAGAGCUGGCCUGGAAGAGGGGCAACCGGGACAGAAUCCGGCGCCCCGACCGGGACUAGAACCCGGUGUGCCGGCGCCGCAAGGUGGAGGAUUAGCCUAUUGAGCCACGGCGCCGGCAGCAGUUCUAUAUUCUUAUACCAUCCUACACUUAGUCUUCAGCAAUUCAUUCAACUAUUGCUGAAUUCUUACUGCUUGGAUAGUAGCCCCUUCUUCCUUCCUACUCUGCCAUGGGUAACCAGUGAUAACUUUCUGCUUGUCUUUUCUUAUAUUUCAAGAUGGUUAGUUGCUCUGUGGUCUUAGUUCUCUAGUGGGUCCAAGAAAAGAUGAUUUUAUAGAUUACUCAACUUUUUUAUUGUAAAGAUGGGAGCAGUGCUCUUUCCAGAUGUCUACAUCCUAGGCAAGCCAAAAGUCUGGACAUUACCCCCUUGGCCACUACUAUCAGAUUGUAUGCCCCUUUCCAAUGUGACUUUGCCACUUCACCCAUCAAGAGGUGGAAUCUAUUUCUCCAGCUCUUGAAACUGGGCUUGGACAUUUCUUUGAGCUGUAGGACAUCAUCAAAUAUGACCCAAGCAGAAGUUUCAUAAGUACUUGCACGUUGAGGUUUGCCCACCCUUGCUGCUCUUGGAAAUCCUGAGCCCGCAUGUGAAAAAGUCUAGGCUGUGGUGUUGUAAGAUGAUAUAGCUCACAGAGUGAUGGAGCAGUGACCAGUCAUCCUAGUUGAGGUGCCCUAGACCAACCAGAUUUUCAACUGCCAGAGGUGGUAUUUGAGAGCCUGUCUGUGACAUUCACAGAAGACAGUUUUUCUGAGAAGUGUUUCAACAGAGGACUUGUCCAAACUGUAGAUCAGUUCAUAUGAGGAUGGAAAUUGUUUCUUGAUUUUGUGACAAGGAGGUCAUUGUUGACUGAUGAGUAAUAUUUUAGAAAUGAAUUAAACUAAAGAAAGCAAUUGAGCAAACCUGGAGGAAUUUAUGAAUUCAGGUAAUAGUACUUCACCAUAAAGCAACUCUUCUGAUAGAAAAAUAUUAAGUCAUUGGGCUGGAUUGCUCCAUGGUGGUCUAGGUUAUACUGAGAAAUGAGAGUUGGCCAAAAGUAGAAGUUUUGUGACAUUUGAAAGGCCAAAAGGAAGGAGCAACCGUUACUCUCAAAGUCUUUGUGAUUAGAUACAGUGAAGGGCAGAUGCAGAGCUAGCCAGCGGGUUAUGAAUUUUCCUCACUCACCUACCCUAUCUGCAACCCUUCCUUCCAGCUCCCAGCCCUGGAGAUCAGCAUUAGUCUCGUGCCUACCAUUAGUUACUUGGCUGCAGACACACAAAGCUAACAGCUUCUCAUCGAUUUCUCCAUCCACUCUCUCUCACUAUCCCACCUCGACAGCUGGAUGUGCAUGGCUUCUCAGAUUUCCCUGAAAGUUCUUACUCAUGCUAAUGUUUCAAAGGGGCUGAGUUAGUGACUUCUCUGACCUUCCAGUUCUUCCUUCCAUGCCUCUACUUCCCCAGCUACUUCUAUAAAUUGUGAGAUCCAAUUAAUAUUUUUAAAUCUUUUAUUCCAUAUAUUCAUGGUGAUUAUGCUUCCCUGAUUGGGACAAGUUCCUAAGAGCUUGGUACAUGUUGCUCUUCUAAAAUUGAGAUAUGCCAUUUAGAAAUCUUAGAUGAACUUGCUCUGUUUUUCCCUUGUAUAUAAUGUACCUUUUUGCCUCAUGCUUCUUUUUUAAUUCUUGAAGAUAAGAAUCCAUGAAAGCAUAUUCUUGGUCCUGAUUUUGGUGUAUGAAUUUUACCUAGGUUAUAGUGAGCCAUUCAUUGAUUUCAGGGAAGUUUUAUUUUGCUUAAUAUUUUUUUUCUGAUACACUUCUUCAGGGAUAUCAAUUUCACAGAUAUAAGCUGUGUCUUUGUCAUCUUGCAUUCAUUUUGUGCCAUUCUACAUUCCUUUUAUGUCAUCAUUCUUUUGUGUUUGUGUGAUUGGCUCUUGCCUCCUGUUCAGAGGCAGUUCUCCAUGAACCUCAUUUUUCUUCAUGUUAAACAGUAACAACAAAUCUGCUCAGAUUUAUUUACAUUGCAGAAUAAUAAAAACAGAGAAUUUCUCCUUCCUUGUGGACAUUUCCAGAGAAGAUGGGCAAUAAAACAAUAUAACAGUAUUUCUCCCACAUCUUAAUUAUGUACAUUUUCAAUUGUAAAAAUAUUGAAAGAACAGCACAAUAGAUACAUACAGUUUUUAUCUAGAUUUAGUAAUGUGUAUGUACAUUUUUCCUGAAAUAUUGAUGAUAAGUUAUAGAUACUAAUAUUACACCCGUAAGUGAUUGAACAUCCAUCUGCUAAAAAUGGACAGUCUCCCACAUAACUGGGAUAUCAUUUUCAGCCUAAUUUUAUGAUUUCCAAUAUCCAGUCCAUUUUCAAAUUUCUCCCAUUGUCCCCAAAAUAUAUUUUAUAGCUUUAUUGAGCUAUAAUUAGCAUAUAAUAAAUGUAACUUAUUUAAAGCAUAUGAUUUAGUUUUGACACAUGUACACCUUUCAUAGCAUAAUUACAAUAAAAAUAUUGAAUGCAUCUAUCACUCGCCCUCCUCACAUCAUUGCCCCAUCCAUAGGCAACCAAUGAUCUGCUUUCUGUCAUUAUAGAUUAGUUUGCAUUUUCUGUAAUUUUAUGUAAGUAGAAUCACAUUGUGGGUUCUCUGGCUUAUUUCAUUCAGCAUAAUUUUGAUAUUCAUUUGUAUUCUUACAUGUAUCUAGAUUCAUUCAUGCAUUUUUAUUUCUACAUGAUAUUUCAUUGUAUGGAUAUACCCAAAUUUGUUUAUGCAUGUAUUGAUGGAAAUUUGUUUCUAGUUUUGGACUAUUUCAAAUAAAACCAUUAUGAAUAUUUGUACACACA